CCUCAAGCGCAAAGCAGUACUAUCGGUUUGAUUACGCGAACCAUCUCAUGCUUACAAACAAUGCGGUAAAAACCGGCUGUCUGAUAAUGAAAUCCUUUUUCAAGCAUUCAUCAUGAAACUGUCAGAUGAAGGAAACACACGGUUCCAUAACUAGCAUAUAACUAGCUAUCAAAAGAUAUGCUAGAUGUGUGUUACUGCUGCAUUCCCUGGUAUGAAAACCGGGUUGAACCUAAAUGGUAUUAAAUGCUACCAUAAUCUAGUCAUCCACCGCCAUAAUCUAGUGAAAAGACUUCAGUCAAGACCGAUUGGUACUUCCUUUUGAAGAAUGUAGGUGUUCAAAAAAGACUGAAAAGACUAAAACUGAAUACGAAUUACAAAUCUGGAUACCUGACAUACAUUAAAUGCAGUUGCUCUCGGCUCUUGGCGACGAUUCUUGAUAUGUAAGAAGCUGACUUUACUGUCAUAAAAAAAACCGGCAAUUGAAUGCCACAAAAAAGUACACUGAGUGCUACAAAGUGAUGGACAGACACUUUUUCAAAGCUUGUGUUUCUCURCCGAUAAAUGUAUAACUCAUGAAACUCUACAAGUUUUGGAUUAUUGCUCUUCUUGGCUGGAUAUAUCUACAAAACUUCACAACAGUUCAGCUUAAAGCCGUUUUUAGAGUUGGGGUUUUUUAUGACUGGGAUUUUCCAAAUGGAAAAGAAUACAUUUCCAAGCUGACAGCUAAUACCCCACAUGGCAGCCUUAGCUUCAUACGCUCAACACCCGCUAUCGACGACAUCUCUAAUUUAACUAUAGACUUCGUUCCAUAUUCUGUACAGGAUUUGUCUUUAUCACAAAUUACAUAUUUGUUCUGCGAGAAAAUUAUCAACGAAGAUGUUUCUGCCAUUGUUCUUCAUACCAAGGAUACAAGACUGACAAGAUAUCUGGCAUAUUUAGCCUCUCAUCUUUGGAUUCCUGCAAUAGGAACAGCAACUAACGACCCAUCUUUAUCUGACAAGGCUGACUACAAGUCUUUCAUGCGGACUCUGCCAUCUCAAACACUACAAUUUAACGUAGUUUUAGAAUUCUUUCGAUACAUAGGAAAUGCAGAAGCCUUCGUUAUCGUAAGUGACGACACUACACAUGGGCUUGCGCURCAGUUCUUCUCUGAUAUAAACUUCGUCACUGUUAGUAUUUUCAAGAUCGACAAAAUGAACCCACAGCCGUCUGUCUCUGAAUAUCUAAUGCGAAUCAAGGCUAGCCUGGCGAGUGCUGUAUUCCUCCAUUGCGAUGUAGACCUUGCUAAACACAUUCUUUGGUCCGCGAAGGAUUUUGGGGUAUUUGGUGAAGGUUUGUUCUGGAUCGUGUCUGAAAAUAUCGUAGAGAACACUGAACAUUCGUACAUGUUGCCAAGCGGUAUCCAUGCAAUCAGGGUUGAGGGUUUACAGUAUACUGACCGUUUCUUCGCGGAUAGGCUUUAUAACACCUAUGAGGUUCUGCACAAGGCAUUAAACUCUUCUACUGAUGCAGAGCUUAGGAGAUUUUUGCGGAAGCCUCCAACUACAAAGUGCUCAGAUAUGGAAGAAUGGAAACACGGUAAAGAGCUGUACAGGAAACUCCUUUCAGCAUCCGUACAGAGUGCAAACUCAGUUCCAAUGCGUUUUGACGCUCAAGGAGAUCGAGUUAGCUUGGCCUAUGAUACGUUAUACCUUCAAGAUUUAGAUAACCUGGAGAAAAGAUGGAUCCCGACAGGCAAGUGGAUCAAUGGAAAGUUAUCAUUACGAACAAGCAGUUUGAAGGAUCACGGUUCUGGGGAGGCAGGAUUAAUGAAGCUGCGUGCAGCUGUGGUAGAGUAUCCUCCCCUUACAAUGAAAAGUACCUAUGAUCCAAGUAUWGGAUGCACGCAGGGGAUCAUUUGCAUCAAAUACUCGGAUGACGCAGAGAACUAUACUAAACAUUGUUGUUAUGGCUUAGCUAUUGAUGUUCUCAAUUACGUCAAAGUUGAGCUCGAGUUCGAGCCUUUCGUCUACUUUGUGCGGGAUGGAAAUUACGGCGCCAAAAAUACCACCUUGAACAAAUGGAAUGGGAUCGUGCACGAUCUCAUCAUUGGAGAAGCGGACAUAUCUAUAGAUCUGAUGACAAAUGAAGCGCGCUCUGAGUUUCUUGACUUCUCCCAGAGAUGGACAGAGGCUGGGUUGGCAUUGUUGGUUCUUGUGGGCGAGAAAAAGGUCGAUCUUAUUGAUUUCUCAUUUCUUGACCCAUUUACAAUGCAACUGUGGCUUGGUAUAGUAGGCACUGUGAACAUGUACCUGGUUUUGCUGUGGAUUACUGAUCGCCUCAGUCCUUAUGGUUACUAUAAAAACAAUCUUAGAAAUAAACCAGAAGAAGGCCAAUUUAAUUUGGAUGGAAGUAUGUGGUUCAGUUGGGGCAUUUGCUUUGACAAUCAGUUUGUGAACGAGAAACCUAGAAGUUACAGUUCACGCGCCAUGGCGGUUUCUUUAGCCAUGUUCGCUUUGCUUUGUUUGACUUCAUACACGGCAAAUCUUACAGCUCACUUGCUGUCAGACGACACUAAACCAGAUAUUACAGGAAUCAGAGACCCAAAGUUAACAGUUGAAAGUUCCAAGUUGACGUUUGGUGUGGUCAAGUCGAGUUACGUGGACAAUUACUUCGAACUAAAUCAGGAUUCAGUUAUGCAGUCCUUGUUCAAACGUAUGCAAAGAAGAGGACAUUUAGUACAAAACUUCACCGAUGGUGUUGACAAAGUGAAAAAAAGGGAACUGAAUGUCUUCAUCAGUGAAAUUCUGUCUCUAGAUUACGAAGUGUCCAAGCAAAAGAAUCAUGGAUAUCCUCGACUACAGGUGGUUGGCGCUUCGAAGACCUUUGCCGACACGGGUUACUCGUACAGCUUUAGGAAGAAUUCAUCAUGGAAGCCCAAGUUUAACUUGGUUAUCAAUAAGAUGAAAGCUGAAAACAAGCCAAGUGAGCUCUACAAGAAAUGGGUCCGACCUUUAAAAACAUCAUCCGAAGAACUACACGAACGCCUCAACGAACAGUCAUUGAGCGGUGUCUUCUUCGUGGGUGUGUCGCUAGCCAUCUUGUGCAUUAUAUUUUUGUUCAUCGAAACCAAGCUAUACAACAUGGGGCUUAUUUACCGUGAUUCAAGUCCAUCCAUGGAGACCUAUGAACGGGGGAGAAGACGCUUUUCUGCUGAAGUCCACAGAAAACUCUUUGAGAUUAGAAAAGACAAAAAAAAUCAAAAUGACGCAACUGACUUUCCGGAUAUUUCGAAUUAUUUAGAGCGAACUAGAAAAACAAGGGCAUCAAUACAUGCUUUGUAUAACCCUGGGUCUAUCAAGAGUAAAUAUGAAGAAAGUGCCUUAUCCUCUACACCUACUAGCUUCGUAUAACCCUGGGUCUAUCAAGAGUAAAUAUGGAGAAAUAAAAGGACUCGAAAUAUUCCCGUGAAA